AUGUCAAAUUAAAUAUCUUAUUUUAAGACUGUGGAAAAUUUUGAAAAAUCAUCAUUUUCAUCCCAUAAUAAGCUUCAGCUUGAUUUUGACUAUUAGAUUAUGAAUGAAUAAAAAUGUAAUGCCUUUUGUUCUUCUUUAUCAAAUUGUACAAAUAUUUCAUCUUUAACUCUUUAGAUUGGGUGUAAUAGAGUUGAUGAUUAAAAGGCAUCUUAAAUCGGAGCUGCUUUAGCAAACUGCAAAAAUCUAAGAAAGUUAACUGUUUGGCUAAGUUAUAAUAUGAUAGAUUCCUAAGGUAUAUCUAAUUUUGGCUUUUCUUUAAUAGGUUGUAACAAUUUAACUGAAUUAUCUCUAGCCCUUGCAGAGAAUAAAAUUGGUUCAGAAGGUGCAUCUAAUUUAGGAGAAGCUUUAUCAAGCUACAAACAUUUAGAGAUUUUAACUGUUAAUCUUUUCUAAAAUAAUAUAUUGGAAUAAGGAGCAUCUAAGCUUAUUGAAGCUCUAACAAAUAGCAUAAGUCUUAAAUCUUUAACUCUGGGUUUAAAUGGAAACAAAAUUUAAACUUAAAAUUCAUCUGGCUUAGUUACUCAUUUGGCCAGAUUUAAAAGGCUCUAACAUUUAUCAAUAGAUUUAAGAAAAAAUAAUAUUGAUUUGUCCUAGGAAAAAUAAAUGAAGAGAAAUAUUAAAAAAAUACUUAAAUUAGUAUAAUAACACAUUACUUUUUACUGA